UCCAUCCAGAAAGCAAGAGAUAACUUGCGGCCAAUCAAGAUUCUGUGUCAGUGUCUGUUUGUGUGAUUUGCUUUUUUUCUGUGUGUGUGUGUGUUUUUUCCAAUAAAGAGGAAUCGGAAAAGUGCCAUUGCAUUGUAAUUUGUAACGGCAAUUUUCGGCAGUCCCGAAUGUUCAUGAAUUUCCAGAGGAAUGUUGAAGGUAUGAAUCUCUUUGCACUGUAGAGAAACCGGCGGUUAUGGGAGCCCAGAAGAGUAUACACGCCGGUAAUGCCAAGAUAGACUUCAAUGUUGAUUUCACCCACAAAUUAUGUUCUGCUUUGAUGUUUCAUCCUUUCAGAAACAGUGGUGGGGAGAAUCCACUCUCACUUGUAAUCGGAAGCCUUUGCAUUAAGCAUCCAAAUUUGUUUGGGAAGAGUGAGAAACUUGAUUUCUUGUGGGACAAAGGGCUGUGUGAUUCCAACGUCUUGGUUACUUAUCGAAAGCCCAGACCAGAAUGGCUUUCACAACAUGCAUUUGUCAUUCAGCACUCCACUUCGCCAGAAAUGGGAACUCAUGGUAUCCCUGUGGACAACUUCUCCCGCACAGUAUCUGGAGGCGUCAAUCUUUGUCGCUUAUCUGCUGGUAUGGAUUUGAGUGAACCCGCAAGUUCCAAUUGGAGCAGUAAAACCAGUGUCAAAUUUGAGCAUGUUCGUCCCAUUAAUGAUGAGGGUCGCUCCAUUAGCAGAGAUCUUCAUGGAUUUCCAGUGACGUGCAGCGGCAGAUAUCAUGAUAGUAUGCUAGUGCUCAAACAGGAAUCUCGAUUCGCUAAGGCUAAUGACCGCAGUUUUACUCGGUUUAGUUUGCAAAUAGAACAAGGGAUUCCCAUUCUUUCCAAGUGGCUGAUCUUCAAUCGGUUUAAAUUUGCUGUGUCAAAGGGAGUGAGGCUUGGGCCGGCAUUUCUUUUGACAAGCCUCACAGGUGGCUCUAUUGUAGGAGACAUAGCUCCUUAUCAGGCCUUUUCAAUAGGUGGGCAGGGUAGUGUCCGGGGCUAUGGUGAAGGGGCUGUUGGAUCUGGCAGAUCAUGCUUAGUUGCUAACACUGAACUAACAUUGCCCCUGAACGAAAUUGUCGAGGGAGCUGUUUUCUUGGAUUGUGGAUCUGAGUUGGGGUCCAGUCGACAUGUUCCCGGGAAUCCGGGGCUGCGGCAUGGGAAGCCGGGAAGUGGCGUGGGUUUGGGAUAUGGGGUGAGAUUGAAGUCGCAGUUGGGACACGUGCAGGUCGACUUUGCCAUUAACGCUCUGCAGAAGAGAACAGUCUAUUUUAGCUUCAGUAACAUCUCCUGAUAUAAUGAGAAGAAGAAGAUGGAAGAUGAAGAUGAAAUGAGAAAGUCGAUUUGCAAAUAUAACUCUGGUUGCAUUAAAUCAAAUCAGAUAUAGUGUGAUUUUUUUUAGUAAAAGAAUAAUAAUAUAUGUAUGUGCUGAAUCACAUAUUUUUUUGAUGAACCUGUGGUUCUCUUUCUUCUA